UCAUGUUGAUUCCAAAUUUCAGCUUGAAGUAAUAGAGGCGUUAACCUCAGUUCCACGACAAAAGAUUGAGGAACAUCUGAAAGACAUGGACAACAUUCCCAUAGCAGUACAGAAGCGCAUAGUUCGCCAGGCAGCAACUUGCGGUAGCAAUUUCAAAGACAUAUUUUUGAAAUUCGCUGAUGUGCAUCAAGCUAUCAACCAUGCAGAAUACAUUCAGGAAGACAGCAUCCGUCGAACAGAGAUCGCCAUCAAAGAAUUCAUGUAUACAUAUCGGCAAAUGUUCCACGAUCAAAAUGUGACACCGAAACUACACUUACUCGAAGACCAUGCAACUGAGCAGCUUCGAAGGUUCAAGGUCGGCUUUGGAUUCCUCAAUGAGCAGGGUGGGGAACUCAUCCACACUGAGUUUAACCGCACAGGCCGAGCUGUUCAUGGUAUGCGAGAUGACCUGCAGAGGCUGAUGACAAUCAUGAAGCGCAACCACAUAAGUACAGCACCAGAAGUCAGAGCAAGAGUCGUCAAGCCAAUGACCAAGCCAAAGAAAAAGAACUGAUUAGCAUGCUAAAUGUACACGUGCUUCAAAUCAACUGUAAUAAAAUUAAGGUUUCUAAUUCUAGUUCCAUUUCCAAGAUAAUGGCACAAUUUUAGAUAUUUCCUGCAUUUCUGACCAUCAUAAUCCUGAAAUGUUAUUUCCAUGGAUUGUGUCACCCUGCAGGUGUUGACAGUUAAAAUACCAGCCACCUCUUCCACUGUCACUCAAGGUCGUGACUAAUUUA